UACUAAAUGAGACAAAAAAUAGAUGUAAAUAAAAUAACUUUCUAGGUUACUAAAUAUAACCUCUAAGGUCAUGGGUCUGGAAAAAUUGAAACUUAUUGUUUUUGAUUUAGAUUACACGUUAUGGCCUUUUUGGGUGGACACUCACGUUAAUCCCCCGUUUAAAAAAGAACCCAGUGGAACGAUUACAGAUUCUUUAGGGACAAAAGUCACAUGCUACCCUCAAGUUCCAGAAGUGCUGAAAAAUCUGCACGAAGAAGGGUACAUUUUAGCAGUCGCAUCAAGAACUUCGGAAAUAAAAGGAGCAAGGCAACUGAUUCAGUUGUUCGGAUGGGACAAAUACUUCAAAUAUAAAGAAAUAUUUCCUGGGAAAAAAGUUACACAUUUCAAUAAUAUAAAGUCGCAGUCAGGCUUGGAAUUUGAUGAAAUGAUUUUUUUUGAUGAUGAAAUGCGUAACAUACAUGAUAUCAAUGAUUUAGGAGUGGUCUCCAUUUUUGUUGAAAAGGGUGUAUCAAAAGCUGUGAUCGAGGAAGGAAAAAGGCAAUUUUCUGAGAAACGAAAAUAAUACUUUUAGCAAUUGUGAUAUUUUACAAAAAUAUAUAGUGAUAUGUAAAAAUAUAAUAAGUUUGAAUAAUCAACUUUACCAGUA